CCGGGCCGGGGGCUGCGGCUGCCGGCGCCUCCGCCCCUCCGCAGCGGGGACGGGCGGGGGCUUCCUGCGGCCGCUUCGGCAGCGCCAUGGAGCGGCUCCGGCUCCCGCCGCUCUUGGCCGCCGCAGUGAUCGUGGGAUGCUGUGCACGGCUCUGCCCCUGUCUGACCACCGAGAUGGGCCCCACACCCGUCACUGCCGUCUCCUGCUCCCACCCGGGCACCGCGACGGGGGCGGGCUGCCCCACAGAUCCGGAGCGAGGAGCUGAGGUGGGGCAGGCACCGACACCGGAGGCCGUGGGGCGGCUGCGGACAGGGGCUGAGCUGCUGCCGUUCUCUGGGACCCCCACCGGGGCCGCCGAGACCCCCGGCCCCCGGCGGAGCCCCGCAGGCCCCUGGGCAGGCAGGGACGGAGCAGCCGCCCCCCGGCUCCCCGCGGGCAGCGAGAGCCCAGGGGGGAGCAGCGCAGGGGCCCCGGGAGCUGAGGAACCCAACUCGGCUCCUGCCACCGGGCACCCCCCCGGGACUCACCCUGUAGGAAACGCCGUGUCUGAAGGUGCCACGGCCGCACCGGGGGCACGCUCGCGUUCACCAUCCCCUACAACGGUGCCCAGCUCUGCCGAGGGGCAGGGGGGGUCCCCCGGCGCCCUGCCGGGAUGGAGCCCCACGGGCACAGCUCUCGUGCAGAGCCAGGGGGGCUCACACAGGCCCUCACCCCCUGAGCUGGCGAUGGGGGAGGACGCGGGUGCCACCGUCCCGCUGGGUGACCCCGGGCCAGGGCCCCGGCCGAGCAUCGCGGUGGCCACCGACAGCCCAGAGCCGGGGACAGGCGGGACAUCGCCCUUCGCGGGGGGGACGCAGAGGCUGCUGACCCCCACCGGGACACCGGGAGGGGCACCGGGGCUGGCCGGGGGCCGGGGCUCUGCCUCCCACCCGCCGCCAGUGAUGGAUGUCUCAUGGCAGGGGCCCGGCGCUGCCCCGCGCCCCUCUCUGCCGCCGCUGGGCGCUGAUGACCCCGUGUCCAGGGCAGCCGCGGGGACGGGCCCGGCCUCGCUGCCCGCUGCAGGCACCGGACCGGGUCUGCCCGGCCCCGCCAGCCCAGGGGUGACAUCGCCCGGCCCGGGGGCACCCCUGGACCCGACUGCAGCGCUCUCAGGGGCACCCGACACGGAGGGUCCCGCUGGGCACGGCCGCGUCCCCCUGCACCAGACCCGGCCCCCGGGGCUGCCCCUCACUCCCAUGGCCCCGGGCAGAGCGGUGCAGAGCCGGGGGCUGUUCCCCAGCCCGGGUCACCCCCGAGCACCUCCAGCCCCGUCGGCUGCCCCAGCCGGCAGCGCCGCUGUGCCCACAACCCCGCUGCCCUCCCCAGGGACCCGCUGGGGUGUCUUGGGGCUCAGCCCCACAGCGGGCACCCCCCCAGCCCCAGGGCUCUGGCUGCCCCACGCCAGCUUUGGUGGGGAUGCUACAGAGACGCCUCAGGUCCUGGGGGCGGACCCGGUGGAGGGGAGUGAUGCCGGGCCCUGGGCAGUGACUGCCCCACUGAGCUGGGAGCCGGGCAGCCUGGACCCCCCCUCAGCCUCUGGGACCACGCAGACGCUGGCUCCAUCCCAGCCUGAGACUUCCCUGGGAUCAACCACUGCUAUCAGCAUCACCGCCACCACUGUCACCGUCACCAUCACAACCACCACCACUGCCAGCCCAGCACUGCUCAGGGAUGUGGGGACCAUCGCGCCAGAGCCCAGUGCUGCUGUGCUGCAGAGGGAUGCGGUGGGGGUGACUCAUCUGCCCACCGUGACGCCAGGGCCCCUGCAGCAGCCCAGCGACUCCCCGGGAACCCUGGGCCACAGUGGGGGCCCCGGGUCCCCCACGGCUGCAGGGGACCCAGACCUGGUCCAGCCAUCGAGUGACCCCAGAGGACAUCCGGAUGCUGACACCCCCCGAGCGCCGCCGGCUGUGACGGGCAGAGCCCCCCAGGUGUUCAUUGUGGAGGAUCAACGGCCGCUGCUGAGAGCCUCCGUCCUGCGCGUCCCCUGUGAGCUGGUGCUGGAUAUGGGGUUCAGCCCCACGCUGCAGGACCCCGCGUCCCGUGAGCACCAGGCGCUGCUGCACAGCUUCAACCGGACGGUCACGCCACUCUUCGCGCCCCUGCCCGGCUUCCUGCGGCUGGAGGUGACGCGGGUCAGGGAGGGCACCGUGGUGCUGGAGUACGAGGCACUGUUCACGGCGGAGCACGUGCGGGUGCCGGGGCUGGGCACGAUGCUCAGCACCACGCUGGGCUCCGGCAGCGCUCGGCCGGGGCUGGCGAUGGGCACCGCAUCCAUCCUGCGCCACACGGCUCUGGAGCUGGAUCCCUGCGCUGCACUGUUCAUGUGCCAGCCUGGCUUUGCCUGCGUGCCCGGUGCGGAUGGGAACGCCACGUGCACGUCCCUCUGCCACCGCGACUACUGCAAGAACCAUGGCAUCUGCGCUCACCCGCGGGACCGUGGCCCCCUCUGCCAGUGCCCCGUGGGCAGUGACUUCUGGUUCAUGGGGCUGCGCUGUGAUCACCGGGUGACGCAGCAGAGCCUGCUGGGCAUGGCCGCGGGCGUCCUGCUCAGCAUCCUCCUCCUGGGCGCCGUCAUCGCCGCCGUCGCCGUGCGCAGGUUCAAAGUGCUGCUGAUGGAGGCCAGGGCUGACCAGACCCGCAGCAGCUACCGCCGGUUCUGCCGCCUGGACGACGUCUCUGCCCAGUACUGGUCGCGGUCCCGGCUGCCCUCGGCCAGCUCCCUCGACAACCCCGCCUUCAGCCCCUCGGAGGAGCUGCUCCACCUCCAGGCCCUGGACCACGGCUGCUGCGGCUGCCGGGAGGACCCGGGCAUCGCCGCCAAGCAGCGCCCAGCGCCGGGCCGGGCCAGUUUCCAUUACGAGUGGGACACGAGCUCCGGCAGCAUGAACGAGCCCAUGGUGGACUCGGGCAAAGCCAGCGACAUCUCCGUGUCGAGCUGGCCCAUGGAGCCCAUCCAGUGGACACCCUUUCCCCUCCUCCAUCAGCUUUCCAGGCAGCGGCCGCACAAAGCCCGACGGCCCCGUUCGUACUGCGAGGGGAUGGAGCUGGUCAACCUGGAGCGGAGCUGGACGGCCUGACACCCACAGCCCAACAGAGAGGCCACAAGGUUCAGCUUUUGGAACCAACCACAUUUUAUUUCCACGUAACGAGCUCAGUGAAGGGAUUUCAAACACUUUGACAAUACAAUCGACGCGGGGCGAUGUCAGUUCCACCCGAGGCAGAGGCCCCCGAGCUGCUCUGCCAACGUUUUGGACCAGACUCCAGCAGCCAGCUUUGGCUUGGGACAGCGCAUUGCAGUGUAAGUAGUUACAGAGAAGUGUCUGGUACCACACAAUGCUGGCAUCCAACAGAGUUAAUGACUUACAUCCGGCAAGUGGAAAGGAAAGUCUAACAGAUUCUGAAGUCACAUCACUAUGUACAUACAGGGUCUGCCCUACAGCCGCUCCAGAACAAGCUAAGCCACUGUGAAGAGUGAGAGACAAAUUAAGCGCUGCUGCAUUGUUCGUCAUGAUUCAUGUAAAUGAGGUAUAAACACCAGGAUGUUUUAAGCAUUAAAGUUUAUUUUCCAAAAUGCUCUCCUUUA